AUGUUUGCAGUAACAAAAUUUCAUCGUAUGGUGUUUGGUCGGAAGUUCCACGCACCACUUCUGCGGAUAUUCGGGGCCAAGAAAGGUAUACCCGUGUAUACAGCCAACCGGCUGCAGCGUUGGGCACUGAUGUUGCUCAUGUAUGAUUUUACGAUCGAAUAUGUGGCCACGGAUAAGCUCGGUCAGGUGGAUGUCUUAUCACGUCUAAUAAAUAAACACGCUAAACCAGACGAAGACUACGUUAUAGCAACCGUUUCGCUUGAAGAUGAUGUCAGCUCAGUCGCAUUUGAUUCGUUCAACGUUCUGCCACUCAAUUUCAACGAUGUUCAGCAAAACACCGAAAAAGACCCUGUCCUCGGCAAGGCGUUGAGAUUCAUACAGAAAGGUUGGGACAAAGCUCCAGCGUUUACGGCAGACCACGAGUUGCAUAAGUUGUACAGUCAUCGAGACUCACUGACGUCCAUCCAAGGCUGA